UCCGUCAGUUCCUCGUAUCCCGCAUUCUUGUCUGCAUUCUGUUUUCAGUCUGUUAUAAUGUGUAUCAGAGGAAGGGGUUAGCCAGAGGCAGAAGGAAAGAAGAGAAUGGAGCAGGGACUUGUGUUCGAAAGUUUCCUGUGAAGCUGGACUUUCUCAGAUAAUCAAUCAUAAAAGAAGAGAUAAAAGAGAUACAACAGCCAUAUGUCACAACUCUCCUGUACCUACUGGGUGAGAUGUACUGAGAUCUGGCCCACAACAGUCUUUUUUUCUUCCUCUGCUCAACUCCGAGGGUGUGGCUAGUGAUGCAGUUACCAUGGAGAAUUGGCGUCACCCUGCUACUGGUGACAUUCCUCAACACCAGGCAUCUCACCAAUGCUCUGGACAUUCCGUUGGAGAUUGAGCAACCGCCAACGAUAACAGAGCAGUCACCAGCCACUCUUAUCGCUUUGUCCUUUGAUGAGAGCUUUGCAGUCACGUGUGAAGCCAAAGGAAACCCUGAUCCAGAAUUCAAAUGGACAAAGAAUGGGCAAGAUUUUGAUCCCUAUCAGGACCCCAUGUUGAUCACUAAAGAAGACUCUGGCACGUUUAUCAUCCCAAACAAUGGGAACCUCACUGAAUACCAAGGCCUCUAUCGCUGUUAUGCCUUCAACAAACUCGGAACUGCCAUGUCAGAAGAAAUUGAAUUCAUCAUUCCCAAUGUUCCGAAGUUCCCAAAAGAGAAAAUUGAUCCAAUCGAGGUAGAAGAGGGACAGCCAUUUAUUCUGGAUUGCAAUCCGCCUAAAGGAAUUCCUCCACUGGAAAUCUACUGGAUGACCAUAAGCAUGAAGCAAAUAGAGCAGGAUGAGAGAGUGACUGUGGGGCUGAAUGGGAACCUCUACUUCUCCAACGCUAUUCAGACAGACAGCCGGAGAGAUUAUUGCUGCUAUGCAUCCUUCCCAAGAAUACGCACCAUCGUCCAGAAAACUGCCAUGUCCGUUAUUGUCAGCAACUUCAAGUCAAUGAGUCAAUCUGGUAGUCGAAGGGGAACAGCCAACUCCAUUCUGGAGAGGAAGCCCAGUCUUCUGUCGCCCUCUGGUGGUCAAACAUACACUCAUAUUGUGAAAGGGGAGGAACUGAUAUUAGAAUGCAUUGCUGAAGGCUUCCCAACUCCAAUGGUCGAAUGGACCAAGAUAGGAGACAAACUUCCUGACCGAGCUCUACUGAAGAAUUUCGGGAAGCACCUCACCAUAGAGGAAGUGAUAGAAGAUGAUGAAGGGAAAUACAUGUGCAAGGCCCAUAACUCCCAUGGAGUAGCUGUUCAUUACUUCCAUGUAGCAGUGGAGGAGGCUCCUAGGUGGAAUGUUGAACCCAAGGGCCAGUUGAAUGUCAUUGGAUCUGAUGUCAUCAUUAGAUGUGCUGCAUAUGCUAACCCAGCACCCUCUGUGGCAUGGAUGGUGAACGGGCGCCCUAUUAGUGAGGUUCCAACAGCCAACAGAAAAGUGUAUGAUGACACCAUCAUGAUCCACAAUGCCAGCCCCAGUGACAGUGCAGUUUAUCAGUGUGAAGUCUCCAACAGACACGGAACGCUGCUGGCCAAUGCUAACAUCAUGGUCAUGAACCUGCGACCGCUGAUUUUGACAGAAGAUAAUCUUCAGUAUUCAGCAGUGGAAGGAAAGCAAGUGAUCAUGCACUGCAGGGUGUUCAGCUCACCACCCUCAGCUAUCAUCUGGAGCAAGGAUGACGACACUAAUGCCUUAGAGGGAUCAAGGUUCUUCAUACACGCAAAUGGGUCACUGGAGAUCCACAGCGUGAAGGGGGAGGAUGAUGGCGAGUACACAUGUGUCACUGAAAACUCUGAGGGCAAACUGGCCAUCACUGCUAAGCUGGAGGUUAAAGCUCCCACCAAGAUAGUGAAUUCUCCUCGGGACCACCGUGUUUUGGUAGGCACCACAGUUCAAUUCUCAUGUCAGGCUGAAGUAGAUCCAUCCUUCAGUGAGGAUUAUGAGAUGAUCUGGGAAAAAGAUGGCAUCCCUCUCAACGACAGUGAAAGCACUGGCUAUUUUGUCGAUGGAGAGAUGCUGCAGAUUGUUAAUGUGAGCUUCAGAGACCAGGGUGUGUACGUUUGCAUAGCCAGAAGUCCAGCAGAUCAGGACAGUGCCAUGGCACUGCUUACAGUACUGGGUGUACCGGACGCCCCACAAGGUGUGGUGCUCACUGAACGCAAAGACAGGACUGUGAAACUUAAAUGGAUCCCAGGAGAUGACCAUAAUAGCACUACCACAGAGUUCAUCAUCGAAUAUGAGGAGAGCCAGUGGGACCCAGGCAGGUGGAAGGAGCUGGUGCGAGUGCCUGGAAAUCACCGCUCAGUUCUGCUGAAGCUCCACGGGCACAUAGACUACAGCUUCCGCAUCUCAGCAGUGAAUGAGGUCGGAAAAGGACGACCCAGUAGAGCCAGUGACAGAUACAAUACCCCAGCCUCAGCACCUGACAACAACCCAGAAAACGUCAAGAUAGAAGCUAAUUUUCCACAUGAAAUGCAUAUCAACUGGAAGCCCUUGUCCCCCAUGGAACACAACGGUCCUGGUUUGGAGUACAGAGUGAGCUACCGACGACAGGAUGUGGAAGAGGAGUGGCAGGAGCACAUGGUAAAGAGGCACUCAUUUGUGGUGAAGAACACGCCAACAUUUGUCCCUUACGAGGUUAAGAUACAAGCCAAGAAUCAUGCUGGCUGGGCUCCUGAACCUGAAACCAUAGUCGCCUAUUCAGGAGAAGACUUCCCAUCAGCAGCACCAGAGGACGUAGCAGUGGAGGCGAUGAACAACACAGUGGUGAAGGUCAGCUGGAAACGCAUUCACAAGGACAAAUUGCAUGGACAUCUGGGAGGCUACAUGGUUCAGUGGUGGCGUCUGCGCAGUCUCUUGAACACAAGGAAAAUGCAUGGUGAUAAACACACACUCAGGUUUCCUGGGGACAGAAAUCAUGCCCUAAUCCCAGGGCUCCGACCUUUCUCCGAAUACAGUCUCAUUGUCAUGGCCUACAAUGGACGAGGCAAUGGACCAGGAAGCCACCCGGCCACUUUUAAAACUCCAGAGGGAGUUCCAGAUCAGGCUGCACUUUUCAGGGCUACAGAUGUUCAGAAGCAUGCUCUCACUCUUAGCUGGUCUCCUCCAGUGGAGGCUAAUGGAGUUCUUAUCGGCUGUGUCCUGCAAUACCAGCUAAUUAACAGCACAGAGGAAGUGGGACCCCUGCUGACUGUGAACAUCACCAAUCCAGAUACAAAUAAAUGGCACCUCAAGGACCUGGAACCAGUUAGCCGCUACAGGUUCUACCUGUAUUACUGCACACAAACAGGCUGUGGCCCAGUAACUAGUGAGGAGUACAUCACCAUCCCAGAAGCACGUUUGGCCAGCAUUCACAGUGGAAUUUCAAAUCAGGGUUGGUUUAUUGGAUUGAUGUGUGCUGUGGCUUUACUCACACUCAUCGUGCUCAUCACUUGCUUUGUAAACAGGAACAAAGGAGGGAAGUACUCGGUGAAAGAGAAGGAAGAUCUCCAUCCAGACUUGGAGUCUCAAGGCAUAAAUGAUGACACUUUCUGUGAAUACAGUGAUAAUGAUGAGAAACCCCUGAAAGGCAGCCAGCACUCACUGUCUCGAGACCUGAAGCGAGGGGACAGUGGGGACAGCAUAGUGGAUUAUGGCGAUGGGGAUGCUCAGUUUAACGAGGAUGGAUCCUUUAUUGGAGAAUAUGCUGGACAGAAGGAAAGGGCAUCCAUGGAAAUCAAAGGAACCUCUCAGAGCAAACCAUGAAAGGACAAAAUCCUAUUUGAUAUUGCUUACAUAAAUUUGGCACAGGGACAAAAAAGGGGGGAGAAUGACAUAAUCCUCCCCCCCAUAUGCAAUUUGGUUAAAAAAAAACAAAACAGUAAUUCAUGUGUUUAUUGUUAAUCAUGCUCUCGUGCUUAUGUUAUUUUACAAGGCUUAGUUUCAAACAAAUUGUAACAGAUAAUUCAGUCAUUUUCAGUUGUAUAUAAAUGUCAGGUAUUCUCUUUAUAUUUUUGAAAUUAUGUCAAACUGCCAGGAAUAAGUUUGUUUUUGUUGUGCUGUGUUUUUUAUUUUAUAUAUAUAUAUA